GACAGCAGAAAGAAAUCAAAAGAAAAAUAUAAAUUGCCAUAUCUUAUAUUACAAUUCAACAUUUUGUGCUUUGUUGGUUGACUUAGGUACCAGGCAGUUAUUCGCUACGUCUGUGGAUCAUCGACGAAUCCUAGAGUAGCACCUCAACCGUCCUGCGUAGACUUCGCUCGAGUUCUUAGGCCGGACGCUAGUCACUCAACUGAGUCUUGUUGAUCCGCAAAGUGCUUUCUCAAAAAAGAGUUGGAAACACAAGAGUAGUACAUUCCUGUCAAACCAUUCCGUCUCUAUGCCAAUAUCGUGUGGCAACCAUCAAAGUAGCCAAGGUUACUACACAGAAUGGUGCAACAGCAGUACAGACCAAGCCAUAUUUCAGUUCGUUUCUAACCAUCGAAAUCAAACACAUUAGUUCUGUAACAGUGUCAGACGAACCGAUUUUUACACCGAAAUCGAAAUCUUUUACUUUCAAGUGAACUUCAACCACUACCAAUCAAUCCAGAUAAGAACCAGUAUAAUGUGAAUAACACAAACAGUCGAGUCUUGUACGCCGAGAGAAUAGGUUCAACUUCAGAACUCCAUAGACCGCGAAGCGUUACUAUGGCUACAGCAUUAUCAGGCCCCACUUAACUUUGACGGAUUUGUGUUAAUAAGCGUUCAAGAAAUGAGAAAAGUUCGAUCUAAAACCUACUUGAAAGUAGUUAUUAUCAGCUGUGGAAGGAUGUCUUCAUCUCUUAAGUCCGGACUUCAAUGUGUAAAGUGAAAUGAGUUAAUAAAAAGUAGGAGUGACGAGAUCCCCGGAAUUGGUGCCGAAACGAACGGCCAUUCGUUGGUGGAUGUAUUGGUGUUAUUGAAAUUAAAAAUUAACGCCUUGCCACUCGGACUAGAUAACCUAUCGCGGUGGCGGACGAGUGUGCGGUCGGGUAAAUAUUGAUGGGCCUCCAUGUGGUUGCCCUCGCUUGAUUGAAGCGUUUGAUAAGCAUUGUUGAAGAACGUCUUUGGAGCGGAACAAGUGAGCAUGUCGGAGAGCGGAACAUGUGUAUGAAACCAUAACCAAGCGGGCAGUGCUGAGUCGAGCAAGAACAUCUGUUCAUACAGAUCGGUUCGGGCUUCGGAGCAGUGAUGAAAGAAAUCUACGCUACGAUCCUCGUGGCUUUGGUCAUUCCAGUGGCCCAGGGCCUCCGACAGUUUCCAGCACACUUCCGGUUCGGUGUCGCUACGUCCUCGUACCAGAUCGAGGGAGGAUGGAACGAGGAUGGAAAGGGUGAGUCGAUCUGGGAUCGGUUGACGCACGAAAAGCCUCACAAAAUAUCCGAUGGCUCCAAUGGGGACAUAGCCUGCGAUAGCUACCAUCAGUGGCAACGCGAUGUGGAGAUGGUCCGGGAACUGGGAGUGGAUUAUUAUCGCUUCUCACUCGCCUGGAGCCGCAUCAUGCCGACUGGAAUGAGCAACAAUGUUAACGAAAAGGGCAUCGAGUACUACAACCAUCUCAUCGACGGGCUGCUGGCCUAUAACAUUACGCCGAUGGUGACCCUAUACCAUUGGGAUUUGCCACAGCGCUUGCAAGAGAUGGGUGGCUGGACCAACCGGGAGAUUAUCGAGUACUUCCGGGAGUACGCAAGGGUUGCCUUCGCUCGGUUUGGAGAUCGAGUCAAGUUUUGGGCAACGUUUAACCAACCGACGCAGUCCUGCAAGGAGUCAUACGAGCUGGACGAUAUGGCUCCUGGAUAUGAAUUCCCGGGGGUGUACAGCUACCUCUGUUCACAUCACAUACUGCUGGCACAUGCCAAUGCUGUCGAAGUUUACAGAAAACAUUUCAAGGGCAAUCAAAAUGGUGUGAUCGGAAUGGUAGCUAAUUCUCAUUGGAAUGAACCCAACACGCCAGCGGAUGAGGAAGCUUCCGAACGUGCUAUGCAGUUUAAUCUUGGUAUCUACAUGCAUCCGAUUUACCACGGGAACUACCCGCCGGUGAUGAUUGAGCGUAUCGGGAACCUGAGCGCCCGGCAAGGCUUCCACAAGUCACGUCUGCCCGUGUUCACGCCGGAAGAGAUCGCAAAAGUGAAAGGAUCAUCCGACUACUUCGGGUUCAAUGCGUACACCACGCGCAUGGUGUGGCAAAAUGGAGAUGCCAAUCCCGGACACUUUAAUGAACCAUCGUUCGAUCACGAUCGCGAUGUGUAUGAGUACAUCGACCCUGCUUGGCCAUCGUCUGCUUCGCCCUGGCUCAAGGUGUACCCUCGAGGAUUGUACAGCGUGCUGCGGUGGAUACGGCGCGAGUACAACAAUCCACCGGUCUGGAUCACCGAGAACGGAGUGAGUGAUCGGGACGGAACCCGAGAUUUGCAACGGGUGGAGUACUUCAACUCGUAUCUGGAGGCCGUACUCGAUGCGAUCGAUGAUGGGUGUGAUGUGCGAGGCUAUACUGCGUGGUCGCUGAUGGAUAACUUUGAGUGGCGCGCUGGCUACUCGCAACGGUUCGGACUCUACUAUGUGGACUUCAAGGAUCCAGCUCGACCGCGGUACGCUAAGAUGUCGGCGAAAGUGUAUGCGAACAUAGUCCGAAGCCGGUCCGUCGAUCCAGACUAUCUGCCGGAACCGGACAUUCUGAUUCCUGACGGGGAGUGAGAUCUUGGCGUUGACCGGGGAAACUGAUUAAAGGUGCCAAAGGGAAUACAAACUGAGAAAUUAUCUAAUAAUAAAUCA